UGAUUUCUGCACAGGCACUAGCGCGGUCAGCUGGUGUUAGAGGUCCUUCAGCUGGAGGUGACAUUCAGUGGGUUAGCAGAAACCGGGGAUAGUUUGAAGCUCAAUAAUGGCACAGGCUGUGCAGAAACUGGUUUCUAAAGUACCAUCUCUCAUUGGAGCCGCUGUCACCUACUCCAAACCUCGGCUUUCUACCUUCUGGUAUUAUGCUCGCGUUGAGCUGGUUCCCCCAACCCCAGCUGAGAUCCCCAAAGCCAUCGAGGGGGCCUCAAACCUCAUCAAGGCUUUCCAGACGGGCCGCCUCGGUCAGACCACUGUGAAGGAUGCUCUGAGGAACGGGCUGGUGGCCACUGAAGUCCUGAUGUGGUUCUACAUCGGAGAGUGCAUCGGCAAAGGCAGCCUUAUUGGCUACAAUGUCUGAUUUAUUUGGACUGGUGUUUUUUUGUUGUUGAGCGUUCUAUGCUCUACCUUCUGUAAGAUGUUGGGAACCAAUAAACAAAUAUCUAUUGUUUGA